AUGGACGGUCCCUUAUGUCUGCUGGGCUUUCUGCUGCUGGCGACGGUUGUGCAAGUCGAUGCUGCCAAACGUUUUCAUGAUGUGCUAAGUAAUGAAGCACCUUCCAGUUCCUUGAGGGAGCACAGCCAGUUAGAAGGCUGGUCUUCAGAUAAAAAUGAAUGGAACGAAAAGCUCUACCCAGUAUGGAAGAGAGGAGACUCAAGGUGGAAAAACUCCUGGAAAGGUGGCCGUGUACAGGCUUCUCUAACCAGUGAUUCACCAGCACUCGUGGGCUCCACCAUAACCUUCGUGGUCACCCUGGUAUUUCCCAGGUGCCAAAAGGAAGAUGCUGAUGGAAACAUUGUCUAUGAGAAGAACUGCAGAAAUGAGACAGGCCCUCUCCCGGAAACCUACGUGUACAACUGGACAGCAGGGACGGACAACGGGGACUGGGGGAACAGCAGUGGCCAUCACCAUGUGUUCCCAGAUGGGAGGCCGUUCCCUCGCCCUCCAGGAUGGAGAAAACGGCAUUUCGUCUACGUCUUUCACACAUUCGGUCAGUAUUUCCAGAAACUGGGCCAGUGUUCAGCAAGCAUUUCUAUAAACACAACCAACAUGACGGUUGGCCCUCAGCUGAUGGAAGUGGCUGUCUACAGGAGACAGGGCCACACCUACAUCCCAGUCACGAAGGUGAAAGACAUGUAUGUGGUCACAGAUCAAAUUCCUCUACUUGUGACUAUGUCCCAGAAGAACAAUCGAAAUGUAUCUGAUGAAACCUUCCUCAGGGACCUCCCCAUUAUUUUCGAUGUCCUGAUUCAUGAUCCCAGCCACUUCCUCAACCAGUCUGCCCUUUACUACAAGUGGAAGUUUGGAGAUAACACAAGUCUGCUGGUUUCCCAUGACCACACUUUGAACCACACAUACAUGCUCAAUGGAACCUUUGAUCUCAACCUCACUGUGCAAGCUACAGUGCCUGGACCUUGCCCUUCCCCUACCCCAGUCCCAACCCCUUCCCCUGGGCCUCUGAACACCACCACUCGAGGUAAGUGCUCAAUGAUUCACAACCCUUAUUCAAAUCUUCCAGUGUCUACUAGUGACAGCUGCUUGGUGAACAGAUAUGGCUACUUCAAAGCUGUGCUUAUCAUUGUUGAGGGAAUUCUUCAGGUGGAUAUCAUCCAGAUGACACAUGUCACAGAGUCCUUGCCAUGGCCUGAGCCUAAGGAAGACAUGAUGGAUUUUGUUGUGACCUGCCAGGGGGCCCUCCCCAAAGAGGUCUGCACCGUCAUUGCUGAUCCCACCUGCCAGGUGGCCCAGAACACAGUCUGCGACUCUGUGGCCCCAGGCCUGGCUGACUCCUGCUUGCUGACCGUGAGGAGAGCCUUCAGCAGCUCUGGAAUGUUCUGCAUGAACCUUACUUUGGGUAAUGGCGAAAGCCUGGCACUCACCAGCACCCUUAUCUCUGUGCCAGCUAGAGCCCCAGUCUCCCCCUUAAGAACAGUAAAUAAUGUUCUGGUCUCCAUUGGCUGCGUGGCUGUGCUUGUCACCGCGAUCGCCUUCUUUAUGUACAAAAAACACAAAGAAUACAAACCAAUAGAAAACAGUACUGGCAUCGUGGUCAGAGGCCAACGCCUGAAUGUGUUCCUUCACCGUGCCAAGGCCAUAUUCCUGCCCAGAAGCCAAGAAAAAGACCCUCUGCUCAAGGACCAACAAGCCCGCCUUUAA